AUCCGUGAAAGAUUCGGCAAGACGGGGAGUGUUUACCCACGUGCCUUGGAUUCGACACCUAUACUAGCUGUUUUCACCACUGGCGGUGGGAUGUCCCUGUCUCUGCAAACGACGUCGAAGCAACGGUAGUGUAGGUUUUCCGCUCUAUUGCUGGCAUCUUAAUAGUUCCUGGGUCUUCAAGUCCCUUCGGAGUUUUACGGGCAGAUCUAGCCCGCUUCUUCUUUUGUCUCAUGAGAGCAGGGACCGUUGACCUUGUGUCGUAUUGAGCAGUUACCAACACUUCGUCAGAACGGGCUGCAUCAGUGGCAGCCGAGACGAUCAGCAUCUUCGGAAUGCUCUCCUGUGCACUACCGUCAGACGACUUUACGACUGUCAAAGAUGGCAUUUUUUAUCGACGCCGUGGUAACUAAUUCUCUGGGUUUAGCAGAGGGCUUCUGGUAUUUCCGCACCCUAUUUUUCUUCACUCUGACCAGCUCAUGAGGAGAAUCAGCAAUGCUACCUAGAUUGUCCGGUAGGAUGUGCGACUUCUUGACCCAGUGACAGACCCCAGCUGAUGUGUCGUCAGCAGUGUUGCCGUCUAUUGCAGUGUCUUCAAUUGCAAUAUUUAGGGAUUUCAAAAUCAAAUCCAUUUUCGCAUCGAGCGACGCAAUAGAGGCGAGGUUGGAUAUCGCCUUCUCAACAUCGGCCAACCUUGAAGUCAGUGCUGCAAGUUUAGCACCGGUGAUAGCCGGGCGCGUCGAUCUCUGAGCGCAGCACUCAGCACAGCUGAAAAGGAAGCGAACACGGGAUUAUAGCAUUUUGUGCUGGUCAGCUUUAAGCCGGUACAGCUUUCGUGAUACAAGCGGCAGCAGAAGUCACAUUGCAUACCGCCAGAUAAAUCUGUUACUGGCUCUGAACAGUUAAACUGUUUGCAAGCUGCACUAGACUCAUUAAACGACCCCAGAGGUACAACCGCCUCGAUAGUUAAUAAGACGGCCAUGUUCAUGUGGAAAACAGAAUAGAAUAAUAAGAUGCAUACAACAGUAAAACGACCGCAAAAAAAAGCAAAAACAGGGUGCAAAACGGGAUUAAAACUGGGAACAACCGUGCUCACACCGACGCAGUCGGAUGUUUCCGACUUGACUGUUCUCCAACCAUUUGGGAGAAGUGACCACUGCGUAAUUUCCCUUUGUUGGAUGCGGCGUCUUACCAUGCACGAUCAGGGAGUAUGACGUCGGAACUUCUGGCGUGCUGAUCCACCCCGUUUGAAAACUGCUGCCGGCGCUAUGGACUGGAGUAUCCCUCAGCACUUAGGUGUUGAUGAAGCUUGGACCCUUUUGUACUCCAAGUUCACGUCCCUCAUAACUCAGGUCGUUCCACUCUGCAAAGGGAAACGUUUUUCCAAUGGCCCUCCCUGGAUUGAUCGAGAGUUGAAAUCCCUUAUGCGCCGUCGACGCAAAUUGUGGGAUAAGUUCAAGACUACGCAAUUGCCUCUGGACUACCUUGAUUACAAAGCGGUCAGGAAUAUCUGUACAUUCAAAAAGCGAGAAAAGCGACAACAGUACGAGCGCCGCUUGGCUGAGGAAUCUUCCGCCGCUCCCAAAUUACUGUUCUCCUAUUUGCGGAGACGUACGAAAGCUGUUAAUGGAAUACCUGCGUUGUAUUCCAAAGAAAAUGAUACUACUCUUCAUGAUGACGAUGCAAAAGCCGGACUCUUGGCCCUGCAGUAUUCCUCAGUCUUCUCGACUGAGCCACCGUUUACUUGUGAUUUAGCGUCUACGCCUUCACGUACUUUAGAACGCUUAGAAAUCAGCCCCGAAUUGGUUGUCAAGCUUCUUUUUGAGCUAAAUCCGAACUCAUCACCAGGUCCUGAUGGGCUACACCCUUUGUUUCUCAGAACCCUAGCUGAGUACAUCGCUGUACCUGUUUGCCAAAUUUUUCAGCGGUCUCUUGAUGCGGGGCGUCUCCCGCUUGCUUGGAAAAUGGGCACCGUCAAGCCCAUAUAUAGAGGUGGAAAUCGUCAGGACCCCGGAAACUAUCGACCAAUUUGCUUAACAUCUAUAGUUUGUAAAGUCAUGGAACGAAUUCUCAAACGAGACCUUCAGAGUCACCUUGACGGCUUGAAUGUCAUUUCCUCUGCGCAGCAUGGCUUCAGGCGAGCUCGCUCGUGUAUUUCCAACCUGCUCGUUGCCAGAGAGAGGCGGGCCAGGUCAUUAGAUGCCGGAAAUCGCUUAGACGUCUUCGUCGACUUCAAGAAGGCAUUUGAUACAGUACCGCACGAACGGCUUCUGUUUAAACUUCGGAGUAUUGGUGUUUCUGGAGAGAUUCUCUCAUGGAUCACUGAUUUUCUGGAUGGCCGUAGCAUGCGAGUGAAGGUGAAUGAGGUCUACUCCGCUUCUGUUCCCAUGACCAGUAGGGUUCCACAAGGCUCUGUCCUUGGCCCCGAGCUGUUUAAAGUCUACAUUAAUGACCUUCCAUCUAUACUCCAGACCGAUUGUCUGUUUUAUGCCGAUGACCUGAAGAUAUGGAUGGAGGUACCAACACCUGAAGCCGACGACCGACUGCAAGAGAAGCUAGACCUGUUUCAUAGCUGGUCUUCGGAAUGGCGUUUACCCAUCAAUCGUGAGAAGUGCUCUGUCCUGCCGAUCGGCUCUUCUGACCCAUUUGGCGCCUAUCACAUUGGUAGUUUCUUGAUCAGGAAUGCUGCCUGUGAGAAAGACCUUGGUAUACUCGUAUCUCCCGAUCUGCGUACCACCGAGGACACCCUGAGGAAGAUAGCGGCUGCGAAUAGGAUGUUCUGUGCCAUUAGGAGAUCGUUCUCCCGAAUGACUCCAGAGGUCUUCAGACUUCUUUUUUCUCCCCAUGUGCGCCCUAUCCUCGAGUACGGUUUGCCUGCGGCCUACCCUUUUACAAAGACUGAACGUGUUAUGAUUGAAAGAGUUCAGCGACGAGGCUCGAAAUCCAUCUCAGCGCUCCGUGACCUGCCUUACACUCAGCGUCUUCGACAGAUGAACAUGUUUCCCUUGGACUACCGUCGACGUCGGGGUGAUCUGAUUUACACCAGACGGAUAUUGCGAGGACAGAUGGGGAGUGAACUGCAAGAGUUCUUCCAGCUCUGCGCUGAUAGCUCGACAUGGGGUCACUCUUGGAAACUGUUUAAGCCGAGGAGGGUCCGGAUUCAUUCUGAUUUCACCCUAUCAACUCGAGUGGUAAAGGACUGGAACAGCUUGCCUGAACUGGUCGUUAGUGCACAACGUGAGGAAAGUUUUAAGAAACUGUUAGACUCCUAUCUUCUGAGUAUGCAAGGAUCCUGCUGUUUUCGAUGCGACCGUAAUGGUCCCUUGCGGAAUACCGCCUCGCAGCAUGUCGCACAAUCCUUGCUCUGAACGGGAUGUGAUGGAGUUGACACAGGAUGCCCUAUCUGCUCUCUACCACUCCAAUGAAACUAGAAAAAUUAUCAGUAAGCGCCAGACGCUUUGUCCAGGACCACUUUAAUCGGACCAAGAUAUUUUGGAUCAGAGGAAAUUUGACAAUAUUCAAAUGUCGUUUCAAGUACUUAUUCAAACACUGUUUUCCACGUUAUUGCAGCUAAAAAGCUCGAACAGAAUGGCACGCCAGAAAAUCGAGUAACUGCGUGGUACUCACCGGACCAAGUC